AGAAAGAAGAACAUAGAGAUCAGAGAGAUUGAAAUAUGGGCAGUUUAUCAGCAUCAUCGCUUGUGCUUCCAGGAAAGCAAAGUUCCUGCAGGAGAAAAAAAGUGUCCAAGAAAUACACCCAAUCUACAGUUCCUGUUGCAAGGUUAUUUGGGCCAGCAAUAUUUGAAGCAUCAAAGCUGAAGGUACUGUAUUUAGGCGUUGAUAAGGAGAAACACCCAAAAGAGCUUCCAAGAACUUACACCCUUACACAUAGUGAUAUAACUUCUAAGCUCACACUCGCCAUCUCCCAAACCAUAAAUAAUUCUCAGUUGCAGGGUUGGUAUAAUAGGCUGCAGAGAGAUGAAGUAGUUGCAGAAUGGAAGAAGGUGAAGGAGGAAAUGUCACUUCAUGUUCAUUGUCACAUAAGUGGUGGCCAUUUCUUGUUAGAUCUGUGUGCUAGGCUUAGGUACUACAUCUUCUGCAGAGAACUCCCAGUGGUUCUGAAGGCAUUUGUUCAUGGAGAUGAGAGCUUGCUCAUGAAUUACCCAGAAUUGCAGGAAGCUUCAGUUUGGGUUUACUUCCACUCAAACAUUCCAGAAUUCAACAAAGUGGAGUGCUGGGGCCCGCUGGUAGCGUCUUCCCCUCCUCCUAAGUCAGUCAGAUCUGGAAGCAAGGAAGACAUGCCCAAGCCUUGCGAAGAAGCUUGCGAUUGUUGCUUCCCUACAAUGAGUUCAAAACCUUGGUCGCCUUCCUCACACGAUCCCUCUGGAAGCAAGGAAGACAUGCCCAAGCCCUCUUGGUCGCUUUCCCAGAUUCUACUGGUAGAUGAAAGGGAUAGGGAGUGGUAGUAGUGUGGGUAUUAGGUUAUUUGAUAGGAGGAUGCACAUGUAUAUAUGGUCUACACCCUACCCCUCUAGAAAGCUUAUAGUAGUUGAAGAAGCAAUUUCUUGUUCCAAAUCUUAAAGCUGUUAUAGAAGCAAGUGAAUGUGGAAAUGGAAUAGCAAGUCUCUUAUGUUAUAAAUGGUUUGUCUAAGUUCGGUUUUGGUAAUGUGAUUGUACCAUUUCUAGUCAAUCCUUUAAUGUAGCAUUGCCAGAUUUGUCCAUGAUGUUAAUUUCAUUUUGUUCCUAGUUAUCUUUUUAGCUUACA